AUGCGCACGAAUCAGCCCUCUCUACCUUUGGUGCUUGCAGCUGGGAGUUGGGGGCUGGCGAGCCUGACUGGCGAGGACAUUUGUUCAGGAGGCCGCAGCGAAUCUCGCGGCACUGGUCUGGUUGGCCAUACCGGGGCCGGCGCAUGGGAGAAGCAAGCAAUCUUGGACCUGCUCCGGGCACGCCUGUGGGCGGAGAACGGGAGCAUCAAGCCCGUGAGCGCUCUCGCCCUGGAGGCCUUGCUGCCGCCGGUCGGCCUGUCCGGGAUGAUGGGGGAGCUGCUGGCAGAGUUUUCUGUCCAGUGCCAGGCUGCCUCUGCGCCGAUCCUGCUCGGGCCCCCGAAUGUGAGCUCCAUGCGCUCCCACAUUGAUGCUCACGUUACUGGGGCUGCGGAGGGCGACGUGCCGCAGGCCUGGAUUGAAGGAGAUGGGCGCACUCGAUGCUUGGUACAUGGCUUCAGCGUGUCGGAGCGUUUCGGCAUCCAUCCAACCUGCCGCCCGCUGCCCGGGCGGCUGCCGCCAAUGAGGGGAGGUGAUGGCGUGUCGCUUCUGGAAACUCGGCCGAAGCAUCGCCGGCGAGGCUCUGCGACACCCACUCCUGAGGAGAGACGACGUGCUCCGUCCUGUGUCGCGCCUGUGCUAGCUGGGGCUGGCCUGGUAUCGUUGCCCAAGCCGAUUGGGGGCAUUUGUCCCAUUGCCGUAGGUGAGCUCCUGCGCCGCCUUACUGGUAAGUGCCUGAUGAGUAUGGUUCGCAGUGAAGCCAGUGCCUACUUCUGGCCUGCUCAGGUUCCGGUUGCCGUGAAGGGGGGCGUUGAAAAAGCCAUCCACGUUUUGCGUGCCUGGACUGACCGCCACGCCGGCUUUUCGAGAAAAAUGUUAGUCAAGGAUAGUCAAGGACUUUGCCAACGCCUUCAACUGCAUCAGCCGGGAAGUGGUGCUGAGCGAGGCGGCCAGCCGCGUUCCUGCCCUGGUGCGAUGGGUCACUUGGUGCUAUGGGCAAAACACUCGGCUCCAAUUUGGUGUCCGCGCGUUGGAGUCAUGCUCUGGCGUGCAGCAAUGAAACCUUCUAGGGCCCUUGCUUUUGCUGCUGCUUUGCAACCUCUGGCCAACGAGCUUCGUCAAAGCGGCAGUCUCGAGAUAGCUAUGCACUUCCUGGAUGAUGGCGUGCUGGCAGGUGACAUUUCCGCAGUCGGAGCUGCCUUGGCAUUGGUCCAACAGUGGACUUCUGCAAUUGGCUCGCGCCUCAAUUUGCAAAAGUGCGAGCUGGUGGCUCUGGGGCCUGUGGAUGAGGCCAGCGCGCGUGCCAGCUUCUCAGCCACACUGCUUUGCAACCCGGAUGGAACUGGGAGAGUCCUCAAGAACUUUGAGUUGUUGGGGGCCGCCAGCGACGACGAUGCCUCCAUUCAGGCUCACACUCAGGCCCGGGCUGUGAAGGCUGGCAUGCUGCUGGAGGCGCUUGCUGAGCUGGAAGAUCCCCAGGCUUCCCUCGAGCAUUGCGUGGAACUGGACCCCAGCUUCUUGGCAGCCGCAGUGCGAGCCUCGUACCAUGUGGUUACAGCUCUGCACACUCUGCCAGGCACUGUGGGCACUCAGAUUGCCACGCUUGAGGCAACUUUGAACAGCAAGCAACGUGACGUCUCUCAAGUUCUGGACUCUGCCUGUUGGGUGGCCCAACUUGGCCGCAGCAGCCCCGUUGCUCAGGCUGUCCUUCCCUCCAAGGCUGGUUUGGGGGCCCGAGCCUUCCUUAAUGCCAUGCCCUCUGGACGCACCCGUAUGCAGCCAGCUGCUGAACUGCGCAUCCGGCUGGGUGUGCGUGAAGCCCUUAACGACUGCUGGUGCCCACGUUGCGAUGGGGCAUUGGACCGCUGGGGCUGUCACGCUGGCAUGUGCGUGGCAGGUGGUGAACGCCCCUGGCUAGCAGGCGCCGCCCUGCUGACUUUUCUGCCCGCCCUUGCCGGGUCUCCCGCUGCACUGGAUUUUGCUGUCGCAGCACCACAGCUGCAGGAGACCUUGGCAUUGGCGGCCAGAGAAACAGGCGCAGCAGCUGCAGCACACGCUCGCCACAAAGAGGCGCAUCUGGACACGGCCAAAGCCUGUGAGAACCAGGGCGCGGCCACAGGCACUUGGGACAAGGGCGCCGCCAUUGUUUUGCAACACAUUGCCUGGGCU